UUCCCCGCGCGCGGAUAUCGAACUGGUGGCCGGCCGAGGGCCGAAGCGGGGCCCCGGGAUGGCGCGGCCGCCGCGGAGGAAUAAGAAAGCAGUUGAUUAUUCUCAGUUUGGCAGUGUGGAUGAAGAUGAUGAUGAUGAAGAUUUUGCAAAUAUAACUGCACCUUCAAGCAAAAAAUCAAAGAGAACAUGCUCUGAGUUGACAAAGAAGAAAAUGGAGCAAAAGCCCCCCAAACAGGAGAUUCAGUUUCAAAAGAGUUCACCGAACAAAAGACUUGCCUUGGAUCACAGACUUUACCAGAGAGAUUUGGAAGUUGCCUUAGCCUUAUCAAUGGAUGAACCACCAGGAAGGAACCAUAAAGUACAAGAUUCACAGAAACAAGCUGAAAAAUCUGAGGGUGAUUCCAGCUUCAGUGAAGAUGAUGAUGUUGAAUUUGUUGUGAAGAAGAAAGCUACAGGAAACAGAAAAGAAGGAAGGCAGAUAAAUGCUGAAAGCAGAAAGAAAGAAAAGAAGCAUUCCAAAUCAGAGAGGGAUUCGAUAGGAUUACUUCCAGCCAAAUCUGAAUCAGCUUUGCAGAAUUUGUCAAGUUCUCUAGAACAGAUUGGACAGCCUUUGAAAACAUCUGGCCCUUCUUUUGCCAAGAAGCCUAACUGCAUGUCACCAGCUACAUCUGGAAGCAGUGCCAUACAGCUGGGAAGAACCCACGUGAAAUCUCCCACACAAGGUCUCAGGCUUGGCCUCUCUAGAUUGGCAAGAGUGAAGUCACUGCAUCCAAGUUUUGCCAGUACCUGAGGAGUACCUGCAAUGGCUUCAGGGGGUCGCAAAUUGAAAUUAAAUACUUUGGGUGUGGUGUAGAAUUUUUUUAAAUUGCGGGUUUUGUUUCAGGUAAUAUAUAUUUAUCAUUCUGAAUGAGAUAAAGUGGAUGCAUUUUUAAAAAAGAUUUCAUUCUCAAAAAGUGUAAGGUGUGAGGUAUUGACAGCACUUAAACUCCAAUGUUGUUGUGACACACACCCACACACACCCGCACACUGAAAUGUUCAGAUCAUUGGCUGGUUUAAUACUUCAUAGAUAUGGCCCCAUGGAAGUCAAUUGUGAUCCAGGCUAGUUUCCAGUUUUUAGAUGCUGCAUUUUGAAUCAUCAUGAAGACCAGUUCGCUUGUAACUUGGAUAUUUUGCUAAAAGCAAUCUUGAAGUUUCACCUUGAUAUCUUCAUCCUUUCGUUAGAAAAUAUAUUUUCAGAAAUUUAUGCUGUUAUUUUCUGAUGUUUGCAUUUAUGCGUGGAUUUUAUUGGUAAAUGUAUAUUAUGUAUCUCUGUCCCUUUUAAGUGAAAUAAAAUAUCUGUAUAAAGAGCAAAAA